UUUUGUGGGGUAGUGUAUUACUACGCAGAAUUAGUUUACAAACGACGAAUAAAGAAAUAACAUUUUCCUUACGGAAAUAGUAUUGUAAAAUGCUUGUUAAGUGAAUCAAUUUUAACAGAAUCAAUUAGUAUAAACUGUGUUCAACAAAUCCAAACUACGUAUUUAGAACUAUAUUUUAGUGUAUAUAGAAUAAUAUUGAGUUCCAAGGUCGUUAAGUAAUCUUGAAUGAUGUGAAAUGGCGUUAUUUAGAGCAACAACUAGGCUCCUGAGGCCUUCUCUGGAGGGAAACAUUGCAACAACAGUUUCUUUCUAUCACAAAAACGUAAUAGAUCAUUAUGAGAAUCCUAGGAAUGUGGGUUCAAUGGAUAAAAAGGACAUAACUGUCGGAACUGGUCUUGUCGGGGCACCUGCUUGUGGAGACGUCAUGAAACUGCAAAUUAAAGUGGAUGAAAAUGGGAAAAUUGUCGACGCCAAAUUCAAAACCUUUGGAUGUGGGUCAGCCAUUGCUUCCAGUUCUUUGGCCACAGAGUGGAUCAAGGGAAAAAAGUUGGACGAGGCGGUCAAAAUCAAAAACACCGACAUUGCCAAGGAAUUAUGCCUGCCCCCUGUCAAACUCCACUGCUCCAUGUUGGCAGAGGAUGCCAUUAGGGCGGCUCUACAGGAUUACAAGCUGAAAAACCCGGACAAGGCGACAGCAACUGCCUAAGGGAGACAACUGUCACAAUCUGAAGGAGAAGUUUAAUUACAGGACAACGACCCUGUGUAAUGCUGGCAUUUGAAAAUUAUUGUUGACUGUACAUAUAUUGCUCUUGUUGUUGAUAUUAUUUUAUUCCAGCCUGUGUGUAUAUUAUUUUGAUGUGAGGAAAUACAUUGCAUUCUUUUCGUGAAAUUCUUACCGCUGGAAUCAUACAGACUAAAAAUAAAACUAGAUAAUUGAUGGGGGAAAAAAACUCUUCUGGACUUUGAUGAUUAGUAGAUUAUGAUUUAUGUGUAAUUGUUUUCAAUAUUGAAUUGUUAUUGGGGACAUAAUAAAUUUUUAAAAUCGAAA